AUGAAUGGUGGGAGUCCAAUAAGAGCUCCAUCAGUCUCAGAGUUCACUCUGGACUCCAGAGAGCUGACAGAGGAGGUCAACACCAUCGACCUCUCUCUCACCUCAGCCGGAGGACUCGCUGCUGACACAAGGGUGGAGAUUGCACCUCCACUGAGGAUGAUGUGCUCCUCACAGAGUGUGGACUGUGGCAUAGAGUUCUCCUGCUCCAUCAAUCGCCGCCACGACAACACUCUGCUCCAAUGUUACCUUGACAAUGUACUCCAGGAAUCAUGUGAUCGAGUAACUCUGCUGCAGUUCUCUGAUCUUGAUGAUGGUCACCACAGCUACACUGUCGUUGCUAGCGACAUAUAUGGAUUUUCAGCCAGCAACCAGCUCUCUUUCUCAACUGAG